CCGUCUUUUUGCGAAACCAUGAUUCAAAGGGAAAUGAGAACGACGAGGAAAUGCUCGCUCUCUUCCUCUCUUCCUCAUCGUCGAUCGCUCUCUCUCUCAUCUCCAAUUCCCGAACCCUAAAUUUCACCGGUCGUAGAGCUCUCUCCUCUCUCGCCAUGUCGAUGAAUCUACAGUCUCAUGCGUUUGCCGGUAAUCCAUUAAGGUCAAGAACCCCAAAACCCGCCGACCCAUUUUCUCCAACCUCCGCUUUCGAAUCUUUGAAAUCCCAAAUCGCCGAAAUCCCCAAUCGCAGUCCGCCAUCGCCGGAUUUCAAAGUAUUGCCCUUCAGGAAAGGGCGUCCUCUGGUGUUCUCGAGCGGCGGAGAUGGUAAUACGACACCGGAUUGGCAUCUGGGCUGGAUCAGCUUCGAGGAUUGUAAGGGAUUGUGGGCGAGUUGUCGGGUCAAUCUGAGUGAGAACUCAUUUGUGUAUCUUGGGUCGAUGAAGGAGGAUGAUUUGGUGUUUUGGGCUGUUGACGUGUCGGAGGAAAAUGGUUUGGUUGAUGAAUUGCGGAGUAGGAAACUGUGUUUCGUGGAGCUUCGUACGUUAAUGGUGGCUGCAGAUUGGGCGGAUGAACGCGCCAUGAAUGAUCUGGCCAUUGCAGGUCAUGCUAGGGCAUUGCUUGAAUGGCAUAAUGUGUCUCGGUUUUGUGGGUUUUGUGGAAGUAGCACCAUUCCAAUGGAAGCUGGAAGAAGGAAACAAUGUUCAAACGAGACAUGCAAUAGAAGGGUUUAUCCUCGUGUUGACCCGGUUGUUAUAAUGUUAGUCAUUGACAGAGAAAACGACCGCGCGUUAUUAAGUAGGCAGUCUAGAUUUGUUCCGAGAAUGUGGAGUUGCUUAGCUGGAUUCAUCGAGCCAGGGGAAAGCUUAGAAGAGGCUGUGAGGCGAGAAACGUGGGAAGAGACCGGCAUUGAAGUAGGGGAAGUUGUUUACCACAGCUCUCAGCCUUGGCCCGUCGGUCCAAGUAGCAUGCCGUGCCAAUUGAUGCUUGGAUUUUUCGCUUUCGCCAAGACCACCGAUAUAAACGUCGACAAGGACGAGUUAGAAGAUGCCGAGUGGCAUAGCAGAGAAGAUGUGAGGAAAGCCUUGGCGUUCGCGGAAUACAGGAAGGCUCAGAGAACAGCGGCGGAGAAAAUAGAGCAGAUAUGCAAAGGGGUCGAGAGAGGUCAGAAUCUAUCGACGGAUUUCAACGUAGAGAGCGGAGAGCUCGCCCCGAUGUUUAUCCCGGGACCAUUCGCCAUCGCCCACCACCUGAUCUCGACGUGGAUUGAUAAGGGCUCUUCUGUCGGCCUCGAGGCUCAAUCGAAACAACCAUCUCUCUCGAGUUUGUAGCCUUUUUUUUUUCUCUACAGUCCGACCCUAAGCCAUGGAUUUGUUAUGAGAGGUUGAAUCAAGUUACAAGAAAUGAUUUUUUUCUUCUUCUGUUGGUAUGGAAACGAAGGGUAUUUGUAUUUGAUUCGUGACCAUUGACCAAUAAAAGGCCUUAGAUUUUGUAUA